UCCUUUCACAUUUACUGCUUCUUCUAUUACUUUACCAGUAGUGGUCUACUAGCUCAACCAUUUUCAUGGCUGCCAACGAAAAGGACACUAAAUUUCUGACUAUCAAGCACGCAUGUGAGCCUUGCAGAUCCUUUAGCCAGAAGUGUAGCCAUUUGGUGAAGAGGCAGAGGGCCAAAUUCUACAUCCUCCGCCGGUGCAUAGCAAUGCUCGUGUGUUGGCGUGACCGCGGUGACCCUUGAAAAUAAUACAGCUGCUCCCCAGUAUAUAAGUAAUUGUAGCUCAAUUUUAGUUAAUAAAUUUUAGAACUCUGUUUCAGGUUUUGGUUGUUUUUCUGAUGAAUUCUUCGAAUAAUAUUCUGCCCAUUUC